AUGCCUAAACAAUUAGUAUUCUGUAAAGUUCAACCAGGAAUACGAUCGAUAAAGAGAAGGUCACCUAAUAUGUUUAUUCUUUAUCGAAAAGAAAUGAUGAAAUAUAGACCAAAAAACAUCAAGAUGACCGAAUUCAGUAAAAUUGUUUCGAGAAAAUGGCAUAAUUUAUCAGAAUAUGAGAAGAAUAUUUGGCAAAGAAGGUAUCAUAUAAAUAGGGAUACACAAUUACAAAAUGCCUCUGAUUCACCUAUUGAGCCCCUCGAUGAUAAUCCGACCUACACUGUCAAUCCAAAUUCCGUUAAUGUCUUACCGUCUGUUAUGAGAGGCGACUGCUAUUUAACUUUAAGCCAAUGCGAAGACUCGAUUUGUUAA